AUGUUAUCACGAUUGGCUGUACUCGGCGGACGUGUUGCCGUUCCGUCGGUUCGAACGUUCCAUGUUUCCUCAAAGCAAGCCGCCAGAUUUGAGGGAAGUCGGUUUACACAAUACGUAAGUUAAUACUUUGGUUGAAUUCUCGGUAUUUAGGGUUUUAAAGUUAUGACUAGAAAGGUAUAAUAAGAACUUCCUUGUUCAACAUUUUGUUGCCAGUUUGUGGUAGCCACUUUCAUGUUUUAUUUUCAGACAUUUGGCACCAAAACAAAGGCUGGUCCAACCAUCAGAGAACGUCUUCUUGGUCCAACUACUGGAAAGCGUAAGUUUAUAACUAAAGUAGUCUUCAUUUGCGAUAAUUAUGCUGUUUCUAUUUAUUAUUUUAGCAUUUGUCUAUGGGACCUAUGCUAUUGCCGGCGCCUCUGUGUUUGGCAUUGGAAUGCUGUGUUAUUAUGGGGCUGGGAUGUCCAAGGGUCUUAGUGCAAUGGAUCGGGCUGCGUAAGUAUUUCCUUUUGUUCUCUAUGUUUUAGAUAGCCAGCGAGAGAAGAAGCGAAGUUAUAAAUGAGUUUUGUUUCAGGCUUUGGCCAGAACAUGUUCGUCAACGUCUUCAGACCACUUACGCCUAUCUGGCUGGAAGUCUGGCUCUAACUGCUGGUGCUGGAGUGGCAGCCGCUCGAUCACCCGCCAUCCUGGCUUUGACUUCGGGUGGUGGACUGCUUGUUUUCAUCGGAAGUAUGGCCGCGAUUAUUGGAACUGGCAUGCUCGUUCGUUCAUUGGACUAUGAGGGCAGCAAAGGUGCUAAAAUUAUGGCCUGGGCCGUUCAUUGUGGAGUGAUGGGUGCUGUUCUGGCACCUCUUUGUGUGGUUGGAGGUCCCGCUCUAAUGCGGGCUGCCUGGUACACCGCUGGGUUGGUGGCUGGCCUCUCGGCUACUGCAAUGUGCGCUCCAUCCGAAAAGUUCUUGAUGAUGGGAGGGCCGUUGGCGAUGGGGUUGGGAGUGGUAUUCGUCGCGAAUAUUGGCUCUUUCUUCUUCCCUCCGCACACCGCCUUAGGCGCUAGUUUGGCGUCUGUGGUCGUGUAUGGAGGCCUUAUCUUGUUCUCCAUGUUUUUGUUGUACGACACCCAACGAAUCAUCAAAAAGGCGGAACAUCAGCCGUUCGGCGGUGUCCAAACCUACUACAAUCAGUAUGGCCAACCAGUGCAGGAGGUGUAUCAGUCCGGCUUUGAUCCCAUCAACGCCCAACUCUCGCUCUACAUGGAUAUCCUCAACAUUUUCAUCCGAAUGGUCAUGAUUAUGGGUGGAGGCAACCAACGAAGAAAGUAG